CCCUGACUCUCAGCACUCCGGCAUUGCUGUGCAAGCAGAUGUUCUGUCCUCCGCUGCCAAUUCUUUCCAUUUUUUCGCAUUUGGAGAAGGUACCUUUGCAGGCAAAGGCUGCAAAGUGACGAGAAGAGGCAGAAACUGCAGCCCUCCUCCUUUUUCCUCCUCCUCCUCCUCGAUUCGGCGACACAAGGAGAGUUUUAAACGGCUUUGGAGCGAUACAGUAGAGGCUACAGUAGAGGCGAGCACAGGCUUCCUCCACCACACCUGUGAUGCGUUGUUCUGAGCAACGGAGACGCACGAGCUGGAUGUGGAUGGCCACGGCGCGGCACGAGGAUACAUACUGAGGGAGGAAAUACACUUAAUAAGGAAAGAAAAGCACAGAAAAAGUGCAUUAAAGGACACUGUUCGGACCUGAAAAAGAUUUAUCAUCCUGUUUCAUCGCUUUUAAAGAGCGUAAAGAUGCCCUUACGUCGGGGCCCCUUUGUCCGCUGCUGGUUCAGCGCUGCGCUCCUUCUGCUGGGGCUCGCUGCUUUCUCCUCCACCAGUGGUUCAGAGCACGCUGCCACAGCAGCGCUUCCCGCUGCGUUCUCGGACCUGCUGCCUCACUUCCUGGUGGAGCCUGAGGACGAGUACAUCGUGAAGAACAAGCCCGUGACUCUGACCUGCCGCUCGACUCCGGCCACACAGAUCUACUUCAAAUGCAACAGCGAGUGGGUUAAUCAGAACGACCACGUGAUUGAGCGAACUGUCGACCCGGCCACAGCACUGCCGGUCAUGCAGGUGACGAUUGAAGUUACCAGGCAGCAGGUGGAGAAAGUCUUUGGCCUCAAUGAGUACUGGUGUCAGUGCGUCGCCUGGAGCACCACUGGAACUCAGAAGAGCCAGAAGGCGUACAUCAGGAUUGCUUACCUGAGAAAGAACUUUGAGGAGGAGCCACAGGGUAAAGAGGUUGCAUUGGACCAGGAGGUGUUACUGCGCUGCCAUCCCCCCGAGGGAGUGCCACAAGCUGAGGUGGAGUGGCAGAGGAACGAGGACGUGCUCGACCCAGUGAGCGACCCCAAUUUUUUCAUCACUCCUGACCACAAUCUUAUCAUCAAGAAAGCCCGCCUCGUGGACACUGGCAACUACACGUGCCUGGCCAAAAACAUCGUCGCUCGACGCAAAAGCAACUCCGCCACAGUCCUCGUCUAUGUCAACGGCGGCUGGUCCACGUGGACCACCUGGUCGUCCUGCAGCGCUGUGUGUGGGCGUGGCUGGCAGAAGAGGAGCCGGAGCUGCACCAAUCCGACCCCACUGAACGGAGGCACAUCCUGUGAGGGGCAGAACGUCCAGAAAAGUGCCUGCGUGGCCACCUGUCCAGUGGAUGGAGGCUGGAGCGAGUGGAGCAAGUGGUCGGCAUGCGGCGCAGAUUGCUCGAUGUGGAGGAGCAGGGAGUGCUCCCAGCCCUCGCCCGGCACCGGGGGCAAAGACUGCCAGGGGCUCGACCUCCAGUCUAUAAACUGCACCAGCGAGCAGUGUCCACAGACCGUGAGUGGAGCCGAGGAUGUGGCGCUCUACGUGGGCAUGGUGGCCGUGGCCCUCUGUCUUACCCUGCUCCUCAUCGUGGUCGUCCUGGUCUACCGCCGCAAAAAAGAGGGCCUGGACGCCGACGUGGCUGACUCCUCCAUCCUCACCACUGGCUUCCAGCCUAUGGGCAUUAAGCCCAGCAAGCCAGGUGUGUGGGCGCCACGGCCACGAAGGCCUCCCCACUGCAAGAACUCCCAUUUGCUCACCAUCCAGCCUGAUCUGACAACCACCACCACCAGUUAUCAGGGCACCCUGCGCUCCCGUCACGAUACCACUGGGAAGUUUUCCAUGAGUAACGGCCCUCUGCUGGACCCCCUUCCCAACGGAUCACACACUCUGCACAACGGCAAGCUAAACUCAGACCCCGCUGAGUUUGUGAGCAGACUAUCCACCCAGACCUACUUUAAAACUCUCCCCCGUGAUGUGGCCAACACAUCCUAUGGGACCUUCAACUUCCUGGGUGGGAGGUUGACCAUCCCCAACACAGGAAUCAGCCUGCUCAUUCCUCCCGAGGCCAUCCCCAGAGGAAAGAUCUAUGAGAUUUAUCUCACUGUUCAGCGGAAGGAAGAUUUAAGGUUACCGCUGGCCGGCUGCCAGACCCUGCUGAGCCCCAUUGUGAGCUGCGGCCCUCCAGGGGUGGUCCUGAGUCGGCCUGUUAUCCUCAGCAUGGACCACUGCUUUGAUGCGUGCCUCGAUAACUGGGCCGUCCGCCUCAAGAAGCAGAACUACGAGGGCGCUUGGGAGGACGUCCUGCUGAUGGGGGAGGAGUUGGUGUCAGAGCCUUAUUACUGCCAGCUCGAGGCCGAGACGUGCCGCCUGUUCACCGAGCAGCUGGGCACCUUCGCCCUGGUGGGAGAGUCACUGCACAUGGGCGCAGCCAAACGCCUGAGGCUGGUCCUUUUCUCCGACGCCUACUGCUCCACGCUGGAGUACAACAUCAGGGUGUACUGCAUGGACGACACUCAAGACGUCUUUAAGGAGGUGAUGCAGAUGGAGAGGCAGCUCGGGGGACGGCUGAUUGACGAGCCCCACGUCCUGCUUUUCAAAGACAGCUACCACAACUUGCGCCUGUCCAUCCACGACAUGCCCCAGGCGCACUGGAGGAGCAAGCUGCUCGCUGGCUACCAGGAGAUCCCGUUCUACCACAUCUGGAACGGUUCCCAGCGGUACCUUCACUGCACGUUCACUCUGGAGCGGCUCAGCCUCAGCACCUGCGAGCUCACCUGCCAGCUGUGCGUGUGGCAGGUGGAGGGGGAGGGACAGAGUUUUGCCCUCGACUUUAACAUCGCCAAGGACACACGCGCUCUGGAUUCUGAGUUUCUGUUAAUGGACAGUAACGCCACAGCUCUGGCCGGGCCCAGCGCCUUUCAGAUCCCGUACCUCAUCAGACAGAAGAUCUGCAGCAGCCUGGAUGCACCCUGUCCAAACGGAGCAGACUGGAGGAUGUUAGCACAAAGACUUAAACUUGAGAGACACAUGAGUUUCUUUGCAUCCAAAGCGAGCCCGACCUCUGUGAUCCUGGACCUGUGGGAGGCGCAGCACUUCCACAGCGGCAACAUCAACCAGCUGGCCACGGUCAUGGCUGACAUCGGCAAACAGGAGGCCAUGAUAUUCCUGGUCUCUGAUGGAGAGUGCUAACCCAGAAAUGGAGAGAGAAAGAGCGAGAGAAAGAGACUGGUGCAGAAUACAACAAACAUGCAGACAUAACACAACAAAGAGCAGCGCUCUCCCAAUGGGUCUCUUCUUUAUUUUUAGAAGAUAGUGAAAGGUUUAAGUAGGAUUGAGUCCUUUUAUUCACUCCCAAAACUGUAAAAGCCUUUAAACGACAGAUUUCAUUAGGAAGAAGGACUCCUCAUCAGAGUCUUAAGAUCUUUUAGACAUAAUAUCAGUCACGCUUUUUGUUCAGCAGGCUAAGAAGGAGCAGUAUGCAAAUGCAAACGUUCUAACUUACAGCUGAUGUUGCAAAUUUUUCUCUUUUUUUUUUUACUUGGUUUCAAAAACCUGCGAUACAACCAGAAUAACAAAGAGGACGUCAGUCAGUUCAGGUGAAAUAUGCAAAUUGGCAGGUGAGCAUGACAUUAUCUCAGACACAUUGUCCUACGUGUGAAAGAUCACGAUGGCGUGUAGCACCACCUGCACGUUGCAGGUUGAAAAGCAGAUUGUAUGCCCCAAAAAAAUCCAGUCUCAUAAUGGUCUGUGUGCUUUUUUUUCUUUUUAGUCAAGCCGGUAUCAGUACUGUGAAUGUAACAUCUUGACAUCUUGAUUCUGAGGGAUGCUUCACAUCUUUUUCUGCUUUAAAAUAAGUACAUGUGUUUGGUGUUUGGAACCUUUCUUCUUCUUCAGAAGAGGAGUCAGUUUUAGUGUCUUUAAUCUGACAUCCACAUU